GGUAGGGUCCGGAUCAGUUAUGGUAUAUAAGAUAUUUUGGACAGCUUUAAUUCAAGGCUAUUAUUAUUCCACGCUGUACAAUUAGAAAUGAAACAUAAAAUAUACGGAGAAGGGGAGUGGUUUUGAAUGGUCAGUUUAGUUUCGAUCCUGAAGUAUAUUUUACUUGAGUAAACGAGUAGUUCAUUCCUGGGCAAUAUUUAAUCCAAGAAAUCUUUUUUGUAGAAGAAAUUUUCUUCUCGUUAAGGUGAGGAAGUGACAUUCCUGAGGCCACUCAAAUCUAGCUGGAUAAUGCGGUGGUUAGAAAUAUUUUUGAAAGAUUCAAAAAGUUCGAAAUUACUUCUAAUCUCCUCUAAAGCUUUCACUCGCGAGAGAGAGAGAGAGAGAGAGAGAGAUGGCGGUGUGGGGAGGGUUAUGCCUGAGCUGGGGUCGCCCCUCGCGGGGGCAGCAGAAGGCGUGCAUCGCCCGCGCCGGCGGCUUCAACUACGAUCCCAAAUUCCACGGCGCAUCUUCUUCUUCUUCCUCUUCCUCCGCCGCCGAACCCGAGGAAGCAAAGGAGAAAGCGCUGGCCGAGAAGGGCUUCUUCGUGAACCGCUCCCGCGCCCUCCUCGGCUCCGGCGACCGCACCUUCCGCCUCGCCAAAUCCGCCCUCCUCUCCUGGAGGCAUUUUGGGCUGGGGUGGGCGGUGGUGGAUCCGGAGACGCCCGUGGCGAAGGGGGUCAAGUUCUGCGUCUGCGUGAAGGAGCUGCUUCCGUGGGUGAUGAUGCCUCUCCAGAUCGCCUACGUCGUCGACGAGGCUUGCAGCUCCGGCCCCGCCAGGAGGGCCUCCUUCGCCUUCGGCAGCGGCACCCUCCGAGGCCACCUCCUGGCUGGGGAAGAGAGGUUCUCAAUCGAACAGGAUGAGAACGAUCAGGUUUGGUACGAGAUCUUUUCCUUCUCAAAGCCCGCGCACAUUCUCUCGGGUAUCAGCUAUCCUUAUGUACGGCUCAGGCAGAAAUAUUUUGCUCACCAGUCUACACAAGCAGUCCUGAAGCAUGUUGCAGAUCAGCAUUCGGAGUCGUGAAGUACAUUACUCAUCAAUCUGCGCUCUAUGUAUGUAGGUGGUGACUAGCAGUGUUAUUUUGUUAACUGAAAUACAAAACAUUGCAUGCUUGUUGAGCACGGUGCUUGAUGGAAAUAUGCAAAAUACCAACUAUACAAAGA